UCCACGCACGCACGCGCCAGCCCAUCAUUCCUCCCAACCCUCUCUCCCCGUCCUCACCUGCGUCCGCAGAUCUCUCUCCCCUCCCGCCGCGCCGCCGCGCCGUUUCUUCCCGGGGAAGGUUGUUUCCUCCAUGGACUGCGUCCGCUCCGGGGCCCUUGAUCUCCGGUGCCAGGGGAAGGUCUUCGGCUCGGCGACGUCAUGUGGUAAAGCUGGUUCUUCUACGAAUCUUGCUGGUUCUGCCAAACAGAACUUGCACGCCAAGGCUAAACAUUCGCAGUUGUCAGCAAGUGGAACAUCCAGCUUGGUUCACAGAGGUCCAGUGCUUAAACGUCAGCGCAGUCUUGCUGUGAGAUCCGCUGCUGCUGCGGAUGCAUACACUACUUUUGAUGAAAAUGUCAAGGGCGUAACUUCGCAUGCUGUUGAAGAAAAGAUUGGAGUACUGCUGUUUAAUCUUGGUGGUCCAGAGACCCUCAAUGACGUUCAGCCGUUUCUGUUCAACCUAUUCGCUGAUCCAGAUAUCAUUCGUCUCCCUAGGCUGUUCAGAUUUCUCCAAAGACCACUGGCCAAACUUAUCUCUACUCUUAGAGCUCCUAAGAGUAAAGAGGCGUAUGCUUCAAUUGGUGGUGGAUCACCUCUGCGGAGAAUUACAGACGAGCAGGCAAAUGCUUUGAAGAUUGCACUAAAAGAGAAGAAUAUGGAAGCAGAUAUAUAUGUUGGUAUGCGGUAUUGGUACCCAUUCACUGAAGAAGCCUUCGAUCAGAUCAAGAAGGAUAAAAUUACGAAGCUUGUGGUUCUUCCACUAUACCCUCAGUACUCCAUAUCGACAAGCGGGUCAAGCAUCCGUGUUCUCCAAAACAUUGUCAAAGAAGAUGCAUUUUUUGCUGGUUUGCCGAUUUCCAUUAUUGAAUCAUGGUACCAGCGGGAGGGAUAUGUGAAAUCAAUGGCGGACUUAAUUGAGAAGGAAUUAACAGUUUUUUCGAAUCCUGAAGAGGUUAUGAUAUUCUUCAGUGCACAUGGAGUACCACUUACUUAUGUUCAGGAUGCCGGAGAUCCGUACAGAGAUCAGAUGGAAGACUGCAUUGCUUUGAUCAUGGAGGAAUUGAAAUCUAGAGGAACGUUGAAUAACCAUACUUUGGCUUACCAGAGUCGCGUGGGACCAAUUCAGUGGCUUAAGCCUUAUACUGAUGAAGUUUUAGUGGAACUUGGUCAGAAGGGUGUAAAGAGUCUCCUUGCUGUUCCAGUAAGCUUUGUGAGUGAGCAUAUCGAGACACUGGAAGAAAUCGACAUGGAGUACAGAGAGUUGGCUCUAGAGUCAGGCAUUGAGAACUGGGGCAGGGUUCCAGCUCUUGGAUGCACCUCAUCCUUCAUCUCGGACCUCGCAGAUGCUGUUGUUGAAGCCCUUCCCUCUGCUUCCGCGUUGACAACCAGAAAGGUCAAGGGUACCGACUCUGACAUGGACAUGAGGCAUUACCUGACGAAGAUGUUCUUCGGCUCUGUCUUGGCCUUCUUCCUGCUGUUAUCGCCAAGACUAGUUUCUGCUUUCAGGAACACUCUGCGGUGAGCUACUUUUUUUCAAGAAGCAGUAAUGGUGUGUGCAGUUUUUUGAUGUGGAUGCUCCGGGGUUAGCUAUUUUGGUGAUUGUAACUUGAAACCAUAUAGAUUUAGUGUCGAAUGAUUUUUGAUUUAUUUGCUGUGGUGAUCUGCCAUAGUAGCAAGAAAGUCUGGGCGAGAUAACGGAGUGUUUAUGCACUUGAGUAAGAUAGUGCUACUUGACAUGUAAUCUUGGCCCCAACAGAGAACAGUUUUAAUUACUAAUAUAAUAAAACGAUGAAAUACACAAUCCUUCUAGC